GCCGACUAGCGCGCUCGCCCGCCAUUAGGCCAGAGCUACGCCGCUUUUCAGCAAGUAACAGACAUUAAUGAAAAAGAUGAUGUCUAUUCGAGUGCUGACUAAAAUUGUGUGACAAAUCGACAUGUCAAUUUGUUUGUGUCUUUUAUUUUGUAUGUGAUAACUCAACCGUCGUGUCUUCCUUUGUACGAUUCGCGAUCGUUUGUUUGAGGUGCACCGAUUGUUUUGAUGAGAUGCCGGCCAAAAGUAAUUGGUUAAACAACACAUCAAUGUAAAAAUAGGUCUAUUUAAAGCAAUAAAAACCAUUUUACGUAGAAACCCCGUAGCAUAGUGACGCUAUAAGGAGUGCUAAAAGUCUAGUCGUAGUGCAUACAAAUUCUUCCAUACUAAGUCUGUAGAUUAGACGUUGUGAUAGUGCAAGAUGAAUUCUAUUACAAUAGUCAUUAAGUUCAUAUCGAGUUGUGCGAUUCGCCUCAUAAGGUGUACGGCGAUCGGUGAUGUGUGUGCCUAGUUAGACUGGAGGAAAUAAUGAUAGCACAAAGAUGCCGCAACGCGCGUCCUCUUCGUCCAGCUUAAUGCGACCCUUCGUGGUGUUGGCCCUACCCGGGAUGUAUUUGCUGUAUAAAUACAACCAGUAUCGGCAACAGCAAAUGGAGACAGCGCGGCGACGAGUCACCGAGCGGGAGCUGAUGCAUCUCAACACCAAGAUCGACAAAUUGCUCAAUAAGCUAGAGGAAAAUGAGCCCGAGUUAGCUUCAUCUCCCGAAGAAGAAUGCGUGAUAUGCGUGAACGCAAAAGCGACGAUGCAGACAUCGCCGUGCGGCCACCGCGUGGUCUGCCGGCGGUGCUUCGUAAAGACCAUCCAGAUGGCAGUCAGCCAGCGCCUGCUGCCGCUGCGCUGCGUCAUUUGUCGUGCCAAGAUCCUGCGUCUGCGCCAGGCGCCACGACUAGUCACUAGCAAGAGUUGGCAAGUGUCGAGCUCCAGUGGCAAGUCGUGGGGCGUGCCAGGCUCUGUUUCGAGCUACUCUGUGGGCGCACGCUCCGUACCCGCCUCCGCCUCGCUCUACUCCGUCACCAGUGGAGAAUCUUCCCUUUCAGGAGUAUCAUCAGUGUCAUCAAACAGUGGUGGCAAUGUGAGCGGGUGCAGUACAAAACUAUGCGGGGGCUCCAAGUGUGGCGGAGCGUGCCUCGGCGCUAUUCCGCGCCCGCCCGCCGCCACGCACAAGCCGCGACAACCAGCUUCUAAUACGCUGCGCCGCUCGCAGCAACAAAGCAUGAAGGCCCGACUGCAAGAAUAUCAGAUGCACAGCUACACGGGCGGACCGGCGGGCGAGCCUUCCGGCCGACUGCCACCAAUAAGGGAGUUCCAGAGGGACUUCCGCGAGGGACGACGCGAGAGCGCCGUAGCCUCGUGUGCCUCUACUAGGAUAAGAUGUGCCCAGAAAAUAGUUACGCAAUUAGAAACCUCUCCACAGAAAGACAACCAACACUUCUUCCGACCCCUUAAGCCUUCGAAUAAAGACGACACCCCUAGAUCUAGAGACCAAAGCAAAGAGACUGAUAAGAAAAAAGAUAACCCCAAAGCUAAACCAAAAAAGGAAGAAAAGAAAAAGAAAGAAGAAGAAAAUACGAAAUCCGGAGAUAAAAGCAAGAAAGACGAAAGCAGUGAUAACAAGAAGAAUGAAAUAGCGGAGAGAAAGAAGGAAGAGAAAUUACGGCUUAAAGCUGAGAAGGAAGCGAAAAAAGAAGCUAAACUUCAGGCUAAAGAAGAAGAAAGACAAGCGAAGCUUCUAGCUAAGGAAGAAGAACGGCAAGCUAAAUUAUUAGCAAAAGAAGAGAAGAAGAAGGCAAAGAAAGAAGCUAAGUUAGCAGCACAAGCAGAAAAAGAGAAGGCAAAAUGAAAAUGUUGUUUUAAUAUUUACAGUAGAAAAAACGUAGCCGUCUUUAGGUUUUAGAUUUGAAAUCGUUAAUAAAGAAUCGUGAAAAUAGAUUACUUCUAAGACUUUUCGAAUGGCCAUAAAAUUUAAAUUUCAAUUAAGUACAAAGGAUUUUGUUAGCAGUAUUACAAAAUUUCUUUUUAAAUAUUAA